GUACCCGAACAGCCGAAAAAAAAAGUAGCGGAAGUCCAAAACGAACAAAAACUAAACAAAAUGUCGUGAUAAUAUACGCAAUAACUGUUUCGGCUGGGAAGCGUAUGCCCAGAUGUUUUGAACGCGGCAGUAGUGACUGGACUGGCUCUUCUUGCUCUACUAGUCUAAGCUUGACAUCCAUGAAAGGGUGCUUUCCUGUGGGCGUUUCUUGCGACAAUCAACGUCCCCCAAGACACAUUCCGCAGCCAGACACACAUGUCACGUGACGGGGAGGUCAAUGAUCCUGACAAGAAAAAUGGCGGAAUUUGAGGAGCUACGGAUGCUUAACGGUCACAUAUAAUAAGGAUUUGUAAGAAACAAGGAAAUACACACGUAGGAGCGAUCAAGCAUGGACCAUAUAAUGAAGGAGCAUGGUGUCAAGUUUCAGAGUGUCAGAGCUACAAGUGUUACUGGGCUUCGCUGGGCGUAACAAGAGUGGUCCCAAGCAUGAGCUCCUUCUGAGGGUCUUGCACCUCCUGAAGAACUCCUCCUGCAGUCCAGCCGUCCAGAUCAAAAUCAAGGAACUUUAUCGACGCCGCUAUCCCAGGACGAUAGACACUUGUCUCACCGACUUGGCUGCAAUUAAGUCUGCGUUCUCCACGGCAGCGGAAGGCGGUGAUGUUACCGUGGUAACCUCUGACCUCAGUGACCUGUCCCCUGACGGCGCCAGUGUCUCCCGGGACUUUGACCUGGCGUCCGAUUCGCUGCUCCUCUCUGGUGAUUCGCUGCUGCUCCACAAGGAGACCAAUAAGGAGCUGAGGAUGAACCUCCAGCAGCCCGCCCCUCUCAUCCCUCCAGUCCACCCAGACGUCCAAAUGAAGUCUCUGCCAUUCUACGACGUUUUGGACAUCCUCGUUAAGCCCUCCAGCCUGGGUCAGUGUCUCUCUGGAACCAGCACUGUUCAGAGAUACCACCAAGAGAAAUACUUCAUCUUCGCCUUGACGCCUCAACAAGUCAGAGAGGUGUGCAUUUCAAGGGACUUCCUACCAGGUGGGAGAAGGGACUACAUGGUUCAGAUACAACUGAGGUUUUGUCUGUCAGAAACAAGUUGUCCCCAAGAAGACAACUACCCCAACAGUCUCUGUAUUAAAGUGAAUGGGAAGCUCUUCCCCUUGCCGGGUUAUGCCCCGCCCCCUAAAAAUGGAGUGGAACAGAAGAGACCGGGAAGACCUCUAAAUAUCACCUCAUUGGUCAGAUUGUCCUCUGCCGUACCCAAUCAGAUCUCUGUAACGUGGGCAGCCGAAAUUGGAAAGACGUACUCCAUGUCGGUGUACCUGGUGAGACAGGUCACCUCGCCUCUACUGCUGCAGAGGCUCAGGAUGAAGGGCAUUAGAAACCCAGACCACUCCAGAGCGCUGAUAAAAGAGAAGCUGACAGCAGACCCUGAUAGUGAGAUUGCCACAACCAGCCUGAGGGUGUCGCUCAUGUGCCCCCUGGGUAAAAUGCGUCUGACUGUGCCGUGUCGAGCUGUCACCUGUUCCCACCUGCAGUGUUUUGACGCAGCCCUCUACCUGCAAAUGAAUGAGAAGAAGCCCACCUGGGUCUGUCCUGUCUGUGACAAGAAGGCCCCCUACGAGAGCCUCAUCAUCGACGGGUUGUUCAUGGAGAUUCUGAACGACUGUUCCGAUGUGGAUGAGAUCAAGUUCCAGGAGGACGGAACCUGGUGCCCCAUCAGACCAAGGAAAGAGGCCCUCAGUGUGUCCUCAACCUGUAUCCCAAAAAUAGAACCGCGUCUAUGUGCCGUGGUCCCCUCCCACAGCGAGCUCAGCUCAACCAAUAAGAAGGCAGACGUGAUCGACCUGACCCUGGAGAGUUCAUCAGAGGAGGAGGAGGAGGAAGAGGAGCCUGAUCCGCCACUGAAAAAGAGAUGCCUCUACAUGUCCAAGACAGAGGAGGUUCACGCCAAGGGAGUGUUGACGUAUCAGCCAUCCACAGGGCGCCUCCCAAAUGUACCGGCCCUGGACACGCCAUACCUGAUGUCUUCACUAGCAGACUAUACAGUCCCCUUCCACCACUCCACCCUGUCCACCAUCCCUACAGACAUGCAGAGUCUGGAUCUGUUCUCGCUGAUCCAAGGUGACCCGCAGCAUUACAGAGCUCCCAUGUUCCUGGAUAGCCUGACCAGCAGCCUGCAGGGUGCCACCACUAGCGCCGGCCUGGUGUCCUCUUCUAGCCAAUACGACACCAGUUCCCACCACACCACUGCCUCUUCAUCCUCCCAUGAGACUGGGGUUAUCACUGGGGGAGGAGGAGGGUCCAACAUCAUCUCAGACAUCAUCUCAUUGGACUGAUCUUCUGGUCCCUGAGAGCUCAUUGGACUAAUCUUCUGGUCCCUGAGAGCUCAUUGGACUAAGCUUCUGGUCCCUGAGAGCUCAUUGGACUAAGCCUCCUAUUCGACACAAGCCUCCGAGGACUGAGGUAGUGCACUAUAUAGGGAAUAUCGUGCCAUUUUGGACCUGGACGAUGUCCACAGGCCACCAUGGGACAGGGAGAUCCCAGAGCUAGGCUAACUUGUCUCCUUUCCUUUGUCUGUCUGCCAGUGAAGUUAGAGGACACAUUUGCUUUUUUCCCCCUACCGUGCCCGUGCUGAUUGAAGGAAAGGAAAACUUGGAGAGGAAGCCAUUUUUAGAUAGUUGAGACUGUUGGACCCGUAGUCUUUUUCUCAAUUGGAUUUGCUCAGCUCCUACGUCCUCUCCCGCCUCCUUUUGAAAAAUGGUCAAAGGUGAUUGGAGGAGAGGCGGCGAGGAGAGUGAAUGUGGGUGAAAAUGUGCUUGUAUGAAAUGACGUUUACAGGUUGGAUCCCAAAACGUGGUGAUUAAAACGAAUGAAGAUAGUUGUGGAAGACAUUUUUUUAUUUUUUUUAGCUACAACGAUAGAUUUUAAACAUGUUCAUGCUUUUUCUCCGACGACAAAACGAAAGCUGAUUUAAAGAGUGGAGGGGGGGGGGGGGGUGGGCAGGUUUCAGUAGUCUUCCAUGAAGGACUCCGGUAGGAUACACAUGACCUUCCUCGUGGUAAAGGUGACUAUCAAGGAGAGGAGGGAAACUCUUCCGUUCAGCUACUAACGAAUUGACAUCUCCUUAACCACUCAUCGGUUUCCGGGUCACAGAGGAGAGAGGACGGACCCCCCCCCCCCAAAUAGUCAAAAGCCUAUUUUGACUGAGUUGGCCUCACCCCACACACAUUCUGACCUGUGGAAGAGAAGGGGAUUUUGCCAGUCUGUUCUUCACAUUUGUUUUUAAUUGGAUGAGUUGACGUGGAAGCAUUCCGCAGGAAGUGGGACAAUGGGGGGCGGGGUUUGUUUCCCCCUUCAGUCACAGCAAUAAUACUAUAGUUUUCCAGAUCUACUGACUCUGUACACGGUUGAAAGUGUAUCUAAAACAUGGAACCAUUAGAAAUUAGAUAUUUGUGUGGGGGGGGGGGGGGGGUGGAUCCAUGAAUUGAAGGUACCAUUUAGUUUUUUGUACAAAUUAUCAAAAGUGAUACAAACUAGAGCGUUGAGUGUUUAUAAAAUGCCAUCUUUCUCAGCAUUUUGGAAAAUCUGUUUUGUAUUUACUUGGACCUUGUUGUGUGUGUACCAUCCUAAUUAUUUUUGCCUUCUUGGGAAGGAUCCCCUUUUGUUCUGUGUGUAAACAUUUAUAUGAGUUAAUGUCCCCAAAUGGUUUCCGUCCCCCACGAGUCCCACGGUUUGAACAUGUUAAGUUUGUUGGUUUGAAGGUUGGAUGUUUUCACACCGUUAUACAUAGCUACAUGUUCACGGAACCAAAUGUAAUGCGAAGUUGUCAAUUGAGCCUUUGUUGAACGUAGCAACAAAAAAAAAGCAAUCAGGGCCUGAAAUAGUGUAUUUUAUUUAAUGUACAAAACUCUAGAUAAAUUAGCUACGGCAAUUAGUGCUGCGGUUUUUAAAGUGUAGAAUGAUAUGUCGGCCCUCAACCUUGUAUGAGUUGCUUAGGGAAAGGGGACCUACCCACUAAAAUGUUAGGAUUUACAUUAAGUUAGGUUAAUGUUUUAAAAUGGAAGCUGGAGUAUUUUCCAAACUUAAAUUUAAGGGAAUAGAUAUUUAAUAUUUUAUUGUCGUUAAAGGAUGCUCCUCUUGUUUUGCUGUGGGUAAAGGAUGCUCCUCUGGUUUCGCUAUGGGUAAAGGAUGCUCCUCUUGUUUCACUAUGGUUAAAGGAUGCUCCUCUGGUUUCGCUAUGGGUAAAGGAUGCUCCUCUGGUUUUGCUAUGGGUAAAGGAUGCUCUUGUUUCGCUAUGGGUAAAGGAUGCUCUUGUUUCGCUAUGGGUAAAGGAUGCUCCUCUUGUUUCGCUGUGGGUAAAGGAUGCUCCUCUGGUUUUGCUAUGGGUAAAGGAUGCUCCUCUUGUUUCGCUAUGGGUAAAGGAUGCUCCUCUUGUUUCGCUAUGGGUAAAGGAUGCUCCUCUUGUUUCGCUGUGGGUAAAGGAUGCUCCUCUUGUUUCGCUAUGGGUAAAGGAUGCUCCUCUUGUUUCGCUAUGGGUAAAGGAUGCUCCUCUUGUUUCGCUGUGGGUAAAGGAUGCUCCUCUUGUUUCGCUGUGGGUAAAGGAUGCUCCUCUUGUUUCACUAUGGGUAAAGGAUGCUCCUCUUGUUUUGCUAUGGGUAAAGGAUGCUCUUGUUUCGCUGUGCCAUCGUGAUGCAAACAAACAAACAAACAAACAACAAGGUGCUCAUUUUUUAUUUGCUGUCAGGAUCUCAGACUUAAAACAAUAAAGCGGCAUUUUUUUUAAAUACCUGUAUUAGUCAACUUUCCCCCCUCAUACCUUUUCUAGUUAUAAUACAGUGUAUUGUUGUUGUUAUUGUGGUUUGGCUAUUUUUAUUUUAUACAUUUCCACAUUAGGGUGCUAUGAUCAUUAAAUUGCACUAGGAAGCAGCAGUCCAAUCACAGACGAUCACAGUUUAUCCAGGAAGUUGUCCAGGGAAGGGAUGCCUUCUUUGAGGCCUUUGCGUUUGCGGGUGUCUGCCACUACUUGCCAUGGCCGACUGGUCUCGUCGAAGGGGUCCCCGGGCAGGAUCUGCCAGUGGUCGAACACACACUGGGGGAAGGCCUGGCCACCUGUGUUGGAUCUCAAGUCCGCUGUGAAACCUAACGACAUCGGGGGGGAGGGGGGGGGGGGGGGGGGGGGGGGGGGGGGGGAAUCAAAAAUAAAAUAUUCAUAAACAACCAGAGGUCUGUGUUGUUUUGUCAUGCUUAUCUGUAACUAGUUGGUUGACUCCUAUUUCCUAUGUUACGCUCCUAUCCUGACCGAAUACAAUGUUUUACUUGUUAAAGAGCUAAUCCUUUUCAUAAAGGCUGUGAUUGUACCAGUAUAGUGAUAUUUUUUCCAUGGAAAACUAUUUUGGUCCUUUAAAAAAAAAAAACCUUCUGUAUGUAAAAUAUUUUGUGAUAGCUUGGAAAAUAAAUACACGUGACUGGA